AUGCCUAAGUCAGCUGAUUCACACGACUACAAAGUUGUCUGUUACUACGGAAGCUGGGCCGUUUAUAGGCCAGGAGAAGGUAAAUUUCCAGUGGAGAACAUAGAUCCCUACAUAUGCACGCAUUUAAUCUAUGGUUUCGUAGGUUUGGGAUAUGAUAACAAGAUUCGAUGCCUUGACCCCUACUACGAUCUAGAAGAGAAUUAUGGAAAAGGUGCCUUUAAAAGGUUUAACAACCUCAAAAGAAUCAAUCCAAAGCUGAAAACUAUAAUAGCCAUUGGAGGUUGGAAUGAGGGGUCGACCAGGUACUCCAACAUGGCUGCCUCCCAGGCGACUCGGAAAAUAUUCGUUGAUAGCGUAGUCGAAUUCGUGAAAAAGUAUGAAUUCGAUGGCUUGGACAUGGAUUGGGAAUAUCCUGCCGCCAGAGGUGGUAAACCUGAAGAUAAACAAAACUUUGUUGCCUUGCUGAGGGAAUUGAAAACAGAAUUUCGGAAACAUAAUCUCUUACUAACAGCGGCAGUAUCAGCAGGAAAGAAGACGAUUGACGAUGCUUACGACAUUCCUCAAGUUACGCAAUAUUUGGAUUUCGUAAACGUGAUGUGUUACGAUUAUCAUGGUGGCUGGGAAAGUUUUACCGGACACAAUGCACCAAUGUAUGCGCGACCUGAUGAUGACAAAGAAAAUCAAAUGCUCAAUUUGAACUACUCUAUUAACUACUGGAUUUCCAAAGGAGCUCCACGAGAGAAACUCGUGCUGGGUAUGGGACUCUACGGACGAUCCUUCACCCUGCAAAGGGCAGAAAUCAACGGGUUCAACGCAUCUGCUCCACAGAAAGGAAGGGCUGGCCCUUACACUCGGGAACCAGGAUCUUUAGGUUAUAAUGAAAUAUGUGAAUCGCAGAGAUCUUCUCAAUGGAAUAUUGUAUGGGAUGAUUACUACAUGGCACCUUACGCAUUUCAAGACAGACAGUGGGUAGGCUACGACAACGAAGCAAGCAUUCGGUUAAAGGUAAAUUAUGCAAAAUACUACCGUCUUGGUGGUGGAAUGGUGUGGUCAAUUGAAACUGACGAUUUUCAAGGAAAAUGCCAUGGAAAGAAAUAUCCACUCCUGACAGCUAUCAACGAGGAGUUUGCCAAUCCUUCUAUAGCCUUACCCUUACCUCCAGAGCCUUCAUCCAAUCACGAUUCUUCUCCAUCUGAUAUAUACAGUUCAUCAACAACAACUUCCACUACAACAACGACAACUACUACUACCACAACGACAACUCCACCUCCACCAACCACAGCAUCAACUACGACCACGACGGUUGCUCCUUGGUCCAAAGAACCAGAACAUGAUGCCGUGGAUGGACCAAAUUUCGUCUGCACACAAUCUGGCUUAUGGAGAGACCCUUACAACUGCCAGAAAUUCCAUUCAUGCGUUAGAGUGCAGGGAGAGAGUGGAAGCACAUUCCUCCCGUACGAAUUCUCAUGCCCCCCGGGGACAGUAUUUGAUGACAAGAUCCAAGGCUGUAAUGUUCCAACUUUGGUUGAAGGUUGUCAAAAUACAACGAUGCAAGUGUUUAAUUUCUUUAGACCUCAAAUGUAAAAAACCAAUUGUAGUUUUGAAUUUUGUAAAUACUGAUUUCGAUUAAUUUAAAUAAGAAAUGAAAGCCAGCGUACUCUUUAUGUAAUUAUAUAGCAGCAAUACGCAACUUGCCUUUAACUCGAAACAUUGGUUGUAUUUAGAAGAAGAUUGUAUGGAUCUUCUUUUAAUUGAUUGGAAAAUUGCAUGACACAAUGAAACGACGAUUUCUUUCUAAGGCACAUUAAUUUUGUACCUCAGAGCCAUGCUAACGUAAGUCAUAUAAUCGUUACUUUACAUGACAGAGGGAAAACGUUUGCCUGGUGCAUACAAAGGAUGGAACUUGAGAGCUCUUUAAAACUGGUAAAUAAUUGCAAAGGAAUUUUUUUUUUCACUAGUCUGGCUUUGAGGUUCAGAAUUUUCCUUUAUUUUACAGUUGUGGCCCGUGGGAAGUAGUUAAGUGAUAUAGAUCGAGAGAAAAAAAGGUUAAGUAAAACUAUUGUAAAGCACAAAACCAAAACCGAAGCUUGAAGUGUAGAACAGUUAAACUGCCAAUAACUUGAAUGCUGUAAAAUGAAGCUAGGGGGAUAAUAGGAUGACAGAGCUGCGAGCAUUGGCUACUCACAGAAAUAGAUUUAAGCAACUAACUUUUAAAUCACCGAAAAAUAUUCUAAGUUAUAAUAGCGCCAACAAAAUUUACUCGUCAAAUCACUUUCAUAACUUAUGGUGGCUUAUUAGACAAAUUUAUUUUUGGGAAUAGCAGACUCUGACAUUGUCAGCUAGAAUCAACUUACAAAAAAUAAAUAAACAACAAACUUUUUAAGAAGUUAAAACGAUGAUAUUCAAUAAUGAUUACUUAGCAGCCUAAUAUCAUGGGAAUUUCGUCGUUCAUAAUAGUUAUUGAAAAUGUGAGUGAAAUGUACUUCCAUUUAUUCAUUUUAUCUAACUCACCGAAAGGCAAUUUAUGAGGAAAUGAAAUUAUAAUUUCCUUUUGAUGGUUUUAAAAUUUUAUUUAAAAAAUCUGUGUUUUUUCUUUACAUUCUUUUUGUUCCUAGAAAACAUGGUGAAGGACCAUGUGCAAUUUCCGAGUAUCUUCCAUUAUUUAUUAAACACCUAUUAUUUAUUGAUCAUUUGUUUUUUUUUUUGUUUUGAAUGAGAAAUGUGAAAAAAGCAUGACUUGGGGGAAAAUAUAUAAAUAAAUAUUUAUAUAUGUGUGUGUAUUUAAUUGUAUCAUGUAUUUAUUUAUCAACAUUUUAUGUUAUUAAAUUUUGGGUGAA